CUGAAUGAAAUAUGGCUUUUACAGAUUGUUGCCCAUGCUUCAACAGUGGAUCUGGCGAUUGGAGCGUUCCGAGAUCCGCCACGUACAAUACAUACGCAUGAGCUGAACAACGCCUUUAGCUGCUAUCCGCACUGUUGUACCGCAAUUAUCGAACGCUCACCGGAUGGUCGUUGGGAGUACCACGAAGGUGCCCUGCCACAUAUCACGGACAAGAAACUCUGCAGCAAAAUCGACAGAAAUUUUGCAUAUAGAAGUGACAGCGCUGCAAUGAAAGAGACUGUGGCCACGGGAGAAGGACACUCCGGUUCUCAUUCCCCUUGA